AUGAGAAGAAAAGACAAAAGAGAUAAAAGAAGAGAAAGAGAAAAAAGAAGAGAAAUGAAAAGAUUAAUGAUUCGAAUGUUUCACAAGAAACAAGAUCAAAGAAUUGUAGGGAAGAUAGAAGAGAAAGGGAGACAAGGAGUUUUUGUAAGAGAGAAACCAGUAUUUUGUGUACCAAGUAAUGGGAAUGAAGUUAAAGAACUUAUAGAUGGAGAAGAAACGAUGAAAGAGAUUGCGGAAAGGAUAGAAGAAGCUAAAGAGAGUAUAUAUAUAACAGAUUGGAGAAUAGAUCCAGAGAUAAUUUUAAUAAGAAGAGGAACACAUAGAUUAAAAGGGAAGACAUUAAAAGAAAUACUUGAAAAGAAAGGAGAAGAAGGGGUUAAUAUUAAAAUAAUAAUAUAUUCAUCACCAAUAUUUAUGGAUAUAGUAAAAGGAGAAGAAAAGAGAAAUAUAUUAGAAGAAAAAGAAAAGAUAGAAUGUUAUUGUCAUAAAUGGAUGAUGGGAUAUAGUCAACCAUGA